AUGGCGUCUGUGUAUCACAAUGCUGCAUGCUGUAUUGCCGCCCACACCUCUCGACAUAGCGAGUCGGGGUUUCUAGACGACACACUAGAGCCAGUACCUACCUUCCAAGUCAGGUCAAAGGAUGACAAGAGCCGCUAUAUCUCUAACAUGACACUUGCAAGCAACUUUUAUGACCAGGUAACUCGAAGCUUCCUCAGUCAGCGAGGUUGGGUUUUUCAAGAACGAGUUCUAGCUCGCCGCAUUCUACAUUUCGUCAAACAUCAUAUCUUCUUUGAAGAUGGAUCCGGGGUCAAGACUGAUGAUCUCGGGGGUACCGGAAUACCAGUGAGCCACUCAUGGGCCGAGCACAAGUUCGAUAUAAACGAUUCCUUUCGAGGCUCCACGUACUGGUAUAGCCUUGUGGAGCGGUACAGUGGCUGCUCUCUCACCUUCGAGAAAGACCGCCUACCUGCCAUAGCCAGCUUGGCAAAGGAGUUCCAGAAGAACAGCGAAACAGGUCGAUAUUUAUUCGGACUCUGGGAAAGGUCUCUACACUUGGGGCUCUUGUGGAUUGAUGCUGCUGGAACCACUUUGGCAAUGGAUGCCGUAGGUGCCCAUGAUCUACCUCCUUCGUGGUCUUGGGUUCGAUGCAAAGGAAAGGUCAUAUACCCCCGAAUGCUGUCUGACUCUUUCACAAAGGCCUCAUUCAGUCUCGUGGGAAACAACACCCCGAUGGAGCAGUCAGAUGAAGUCUUUCACGGUGCCUCUGACCAACCGCGGGCUCUGUCGUUGAAAGGUCUGGUGUUGGACUUGCACAAGGUCUCGGCAACCAGAAACGAACAGUCGAUUGGUUCUCCUUUCUUUGACCCCCCAAUCCGUCAUCUCUACAGGUUAGCUUCGGGUGAGGGAACGUUUGGUUCGUGGGUGGCACUUGAUGGAAAGCAGCAAGGCGCCCGCUAUUUCCACAAGCUUUCAUGUCUUCUGAUCUGUUCUCAUCAAACAACUGAUAACGACUUUGUAUACCGCCACCACCAGCAGUAUUAUUUCCUUCUCUUGGAGGCGGUAGAAAAUGGAUCGACCUAUCGCAGAGUCGGCAUUGGGGCCACAACGAAUUACUCCUGGACAGAUGAGAGGACAAUUGAUAUCCAAUAG